CAAUCUCAUCUACAUAUCUAAUACCAACUACAAUUGUCUCCAUUGUGUACAUUAUGCAUUGCACAGCACUUCUCCGCUCCUCCCCGUCAACAUCCAAACAUUUGCUCCAGAUGAGUGACAACAAAUCUUUCUGUCUAUAAAGUCGAUGCAGUGCACCCAUAAAAGUUCUCUAUGCUGCUGACUGACUGGCUGGGUGGUUGACUGACUGCUAGCUUGCUGCAGCCAACAAAACGUCUGUCUAACAGGGCUAACUAACUAAAAAACAUAAGGAGCGGGGAGGAGGAGUAGCAGCAGCAGUAUGCCAGGCGACAGUAGCUAACUGUAUUCCUCUUCUCACUUAGUUACUUGCAGCGGUAUUUUCUUCUCAGUUAAUCAGUUAGUAAUGACAGCCCUGCGAACAAAGCCAGUUUAAAGGCGGAACUGGACGGGAAAAUUAAAAAUCUAUAAAAAAAAUUAUUAUUUUUAAAAAAAUUAAAAAAAAUAAUAAUAACAAAUAUUUUCCUUUAACCAACGUGUGAGUGUCGGAGUGUUUGAAAAAUCAAAAUCACAGAACCAAUUAAUAACCACUUAAAAUGGGUCAAGAAGAUCAAGACUUGCUUAUCGACGAAACGACUCGAAAGCGCACAGCAGCAUCUGUCGAAAAUAUCAACAAUCCUGCUCGAACCUUGGAACAAUCGUCCAUAAAUGCGGGUUUCAAUAAAAGCUAUGGCUCCUUGGCUUCGAAUGAAUCGGUGUCGGAAAAACUCACUUACUCCUGGUAUAAUUUGGAUGUUUUCGGAGAAGUACAUCAGCCGGGGUCGAAUUGGAAGCAGCUGAUGAAUCGAGUGAGGGGAGUGUUCUGCAAUGAGCGGCAUAUACCCAAGCCAAGGAAGCAUUUAAUUAAAAAUGUCUGUGGCAUUGCCUAUCCGGGAGAACUACUAGCGGUUAUGGGCAGUUCAGGAGCGGGUAAGACAACUCUACUAAAUGCCUUGGCUUUUCGUUCGGCACGUGGUGUAACCAUCUCCCCGUCCAGUAUGCGUAUGCUAAAUGGUCUACCCGUUGAUGCCAAGGAAAUGCAGGCCCGCUGUGCCUAUGUCCAACAGGAUGAUCUAUUCAUUGGCUCACUGACGACACGAGAACAUUUGAUAUUCCAAGCCACCGUUCGCAUGCCCCGCUCGAUGAGUCAGAAACAAAAGAUCCAAAGAGUCGAUCAGGUUAUACAGGAUUUGUCAUUGGGUAAAUGUCAAAAUACCAUUAUUGGUGUGCCUGGCCGUGUUAAGGGUUUGUCAGGUGGUGAACGCAAGCGUUUGGCUUUUGCCUCGGAAGCCCUAACGGAUCCCCCAUUGCUGAUAUGCGAUGAACCCACUUCAGGGUUGGAUUCAUUUAUGGCACACAGUGUGGUCCAGGUUCUGAAGAAACUUUCGCAGCGCGGCAAGACCGUCAUCCUUACCAUACAUCAACCCUCCUCGGAGUUGUUUGAGUUGUUCGAUAAAAUUCUACUCAUGGCGGAGGGGAGAGUGGCCUUCCUGGGCACUCCCACCGAAGCAGUGGAUUUCUUUUCAUUUAUUGGCGCCCAAUGUCCCAACAAUUACAAUCCAGCUGAUUUCUAUGUCCAGGUAUUGGCCGUUGUUCCCGGUCGUGAAGUUGAGUCGCGGGAUCGUAUUUCGAAAAUUUGUGACAAUUUUGCCGUGGGAAAAGUUGCUCGUGAAAUGGAACAGAGUGUCCAGAAAAUUGCUGCCAAAUCAGAAGCUGUCACCAAAGAUGAGGAAAAUGGUUUCACCUACAAGGCCUCUUGGUUUACUCAAUUCCGUGCCAUUAUCUGGCGUUCAUGGAUAUCCACAUUGAAGGAGCCGUUGCUGGUUAAAGUCCGACUGAUACAAACAACGAUGGUUGCAAUUUUGAUUGGCCUAAUCUUUUUAAAUCAGCCCCUAACCCAGGUGGGAGUUAUGAACAUCAAUGGCGCCAUAUUUCUGUUUCUCACCAAUAUGACUUUCCAGAAUGUUUUUGCUGUUAUCAAUGUUUUCACUUCGGAACUGCCGGUAUUUAUGCGCGAGACACGAAGUCGCCUGUAUCGCUGUGACACCUAUUUCCUUGGCAAAACAAUAGCCGAACUGCCGUUGUUUUUGGUGGUACCCUUUGUUUUCACAGCCAUCGCCUAUCCCAUGAUUGGUCUGCGUCCCGGUCUCAUACAUUUCUUUGUUGCCAUGGCUUUGGUUACGCUGGUUGCCAAUGUCUCGACAUCAUUUGGCUAUUUAAUAUCGUGUGCCUCCUCAUCGACAUCAAUGGCUUUAUCUGUCGGCCCACCAGUGACCAUACCCUUUCUGCUGUUUGGCGGUUUCUUCUUGAAUUCCGGUUCAGUGCCGGUCUAUUUUAAAUGGUUAUCGUAUUUCUCGUGGUUCCGUUAUGCCAACGAGGGGUUGCUCAUCAAUCAAUGGGCCGAUGUACAGCCGGGUGAAAUCACCUGCACCUCGACGAAUACCACAUGUCCCAGUUCGGGCAAGGUUAUUUUGGAAACUUUGAACUUUUCCGAAAAUAAUUUACCAUUCGAUUAUUUGGGCCUAAUAGCACUGAUAUUGAUUUUUAGAAUCUCCGCAUAUAUGGCAUUGAGAUGGCGUGCCAGUCGUAAGGAAUAAUGUAGGCUGGUUGGCAGUUAUUGGAUUGGGCUAUAAUAAUAGUAAUUGUUGUAUAUAACUUUAAUUUUUGCAAGUUUAAAUAAAGUAAUCAAGUGUUUUUGUGUA